AUGGAGGACAAACAAGAGUACCUCCGCAAGGAGUCCGAGAUCGGAACUCUCCGCUCGGUUGCUCUCGGAGCCGUCACCAUCACCGCGUUCUCGCUGGGAACCUCCAUCCUGCUCCUUCCACUGCUCUUCAGUCAUGCUCAGACCGUCCAGUCGACCCUAGAGCACGAACUUCAGUUCUGUGUGCUCAGAUCUCACGACUUGUUCGAUGAGCUCAGAAAGGUCGAGGCAGUGACCGGACAACAAUCACGUAUCAAGAGACAAUACGUCACUGGGCCAAUGGGAGGAGGUGGCGGGUAUGGCGGAGGCGGCUACGGUCACCAACAACAACAGCAAAACUACGGCCACCAGGGAUACGCCCAACGCCCACAACAACCCCAACCAGUGUACCGUCCAUCUGCUCCAGUCUACCAGCCACAGCCACAGGUCCAGAGCUCCAUCUGCAUCUUCGGCCCACCAGGACCACCAGGAUUCCCAGGGUCCGACGGACAGCCAGGACGUGACGGAGAGGCCGGAGCCCCGGGACAACCUGGAAGAGACGGAGCCGGCGGCUACGGAGGCCCACAACAAAACGACUGUCAAACUUGCGCUCCAGCUAGACAGGGAGCCCCAGGACCACCAGGACCAGCCGGACAACCAGGACAGCCAGGAGAGCCGGGACACUCUGAUACCUCAUCGACCGCCGGGCCACCAGGACCACCUGGGCCAGGAGGACCACCAGGACAAGAUGGACAUCCAGGAGACGCCGGAGCACCAGGAGCCCCAGGACAAGUUGUCGCCGGACCGGGAAGCGUCGGACCACCAGGACCACAAGGACCACCAGGACUCGCCGGGCCAGACGGACAGCCAGGACACGGAGGAGGUGGCCAGCCAGGACCACAAGGACCACCUGGAGAUGAUGGACACCCGGGAGAGGAUGGAGGUGCCGGAGGACCAGGACAGCCAGGACAGGAUGGAGGAUCUGGAGGAUCGGGAGCUUGCGAUCACUGCCCACCACCAAGAGUUGCGCCGGGAUAUUGAUUUUGAGAUUGUUAAUAAAGAGUUUAAGCAUCAGAU